UCCAAACGUGGGAACUAAUCAAAUCUCUGCCUCUCUUUUCUUGAUCCAAACUACCAAUUAAUACAUAUUAACACUCUGGAAUUCAUCAUGGCUUGACGAGCGGGAAGAAAGGUGGCGACAUAGUUCCACGAAGCGAAUGGACGGCGGCGAGGAUUUCGGGGAGGAGAAGGAUGUGACGAGCGAGGUGCAUCUUGGGUGUCCAUCUAAUUCCUCUGCCCUUCAUGUUACGUAUUUCACAAUCCCAAUCCCGACCGGUGUUGACAGCUGCAGAUGUAGCGGUCUGUUCAAAAGAAGAGAGCAAGUUCCCAUGGAUAAGCCUUUGGACGUAGAUGAUGAUGGUGAUCUUGUUUUGACCAGACGUAGUAGCUAUCAGGAUGGCGGGAAUGUUAAACUCGCUAUCCAGCAUAUUAUCACGUCAUCAAUACGGGGUGUUGGUUUACAGGUUUGGAAGGCUGAGCUAGUAUUGUCAGACUUCGUGCUGCAUAAAAUGCUUUUUUCGUCAGAAUUCGAUGGGAUUAUUUCAUUAGAACUUGGAGCUGGGACAGGACUCGUAGGUAUGCUGGUUGGACACGUGGCUAAAACAGUUUUCCUGACAGAUCAUGGUCACAAAAUCCUAGUUAAUUGUGGAAGGAAUGUUCAUCUUAAUCGCAACGUAUUGCAGUAUAAAGGUUCAAUCAAUAUACGCGAACUCGAUUGGAAAAAUUCCUGGCCCCCCAUUGUGAGACCGAGAAAUGAUUUUUUACAUGAAAGGGUUUGGUGGACCUCAUCCGAAGUUGAAGAAGCUGAGAAUGCUUCUGUCCUUCUAGCAGCAGAUGUAAUAUACAGUGAUGAUCUGACUGAUGCUCUUUUUGACUUGCUGGAGACACUAAUGUCAUUGGGUUCAGAGAAGGUUUUAUACUUGGCCUUGGAGAAGCGCUACAAUUUCAGCCUCGGUGACCUUGAUAUCGUGGCGAAUGGCUACUCUCAUUUCCGGAGUUAUGUAAGGAGCGAAGAAGAAUGUAAGGAGGAACUUGAGUCCUGCUCUCCAUUUGUGGGCAGAUGCAUCGACCUGUCCUGA